ACUCGGCCCUUUCCGCCUCGCUCCCGCCCCGCUCUCGGGUCGCUGCGCAGAGACCGGGCCCCACCACCGCCGCUCCCCCCCGCCCCUUCAGCCGGCACCGCCGCCAUGAUCAUCUACCGGGACUGCAUCAGCAAUGACGAGAUGUUCUCCGACAUCUACAAGAUCCGGGAGGUGGCGGACGGGCUGUGCCUCGAAGUGGAAGGGAAGAUGGUGACACGGACAGAGGGGCAGAUCGACGACGCGCUGAUUGGCGGCAACGCCUCGGCUGAGGGCCCCGACGGGGAGGGCUCAGAAGCCACUGUGGUCACCGGCGUGGACAUUGUCAUGAACCACCACCUGCAGGAGACCAGCUUCACCAAGGAGUCCUACAAGAAGUACAUCAAGGACUACAUGAAGGCAAUCAAAGCCAGACUUGAGGAACACAAGCCAGAAAGAGUAAAGCCUUUUAUGACUGGGGCUGCAGAACAAGUCAAACACAUCCUCGCAAACUUCAAAAACUACCAGUUUUUUGUAGGUGAAAACAUGAAUCCAGAUGGCAUGGUGGGUCUCCUGGACUUCCGUGAGGAUGGCGUGACACCCUUUAUGAUUUUCUUUAAGGAUGGUUUAGAAAUAGAGAAAUGUUAACAAAGCCAAGCAAUAUCAUUUGUGGAUCACCUGUCAUCAUGACUGGCUGCGGGGUUUCUUUUUUAUUUUUUCCUCAUCAACACAACACCAGGACUUGGCAAUGUGUAACAACUGGACUGAUUGUCAUCUUGAGCUUCAUUCACUUUAUUUUGACCCUGAUUGGAGUGGAGGCAUUGUUUUUAAAACAUCUGUCAUGUAGGUUGUCUAAAAUAAAAACUCAUUUAAACCCA